CGAUAUAUACACACUGCGGAAUCCGCGGUAUCUUCCAUUUGUUCCAUUGGCUUUAUAUACUGUACACUGCAUAACGAUGGCUGACUUGGAUGGAGAUGAAUCGAGCAUGCCUUCGAUGGAUGCUGUUGGUUCAUCAGGUCGUUCUUUUAAUUGUGGACGCUGGGCUUCCACCUUGGACACACUGGCUUCCGGUUCUCCUACUGCGCAGUUGAUUGCUCUUGAUGAGUUGUAUAACUUUCUAAGUUUCUCUACAGAUGAAAAUAUCUUAGGUUUCCCCGCUUGGCCUUAUAUAAAGGUUCUUACUCACAUGAUUGGAUCACCUCAUGUGAAGUAUUCCAUGGCUAAUGGUGACAUUCGUGAGGAUGUCAUCACCAACUCCAUACGUCAUAUGUAUGGAUCAACUCCAUUUCAGAAGUUAUUGAAUGCUAUUUGCCAUAGUAGCAACUCAGAUACCCCCGUUUCACGUUCAGAAAGUGACCGUGAUGAAGUGGAUUCACCGGACAUUGGUCCAUCUUGUUCCAAUGAGGAAGCUCAACCAUCUGCUGAGCCUGUCAGUUCCGAUCCAGUGGAUGACAUGGUUUCUAGUGACAUCACACUGAACAUGUCUGUAACGGCUGCUACGUGUUUGAAUUCAAUUUUGGAUGUUAUGCCACGUUCUGCUAAUUUCUUCAUAUCGCACAGCACCGAGUUAAUGAUACUACAGCGUGGUUUAGAGGAAAUUGAGUAUAUAGACUUGGCAGAGCGUAUCUUGUCUAUAUAUGACAAGCUUGUUAAGGAGAUUCCUGUAACUGUUGUGAAGAGUGGUUCGUUGAUAUCGAUGUUACGUUAUUUGGAGUUUUUUGCUUUGGACGUUCAGAUAGGCACCCUGGGCUCUGUUGCAACGGCAAUUAGGCGUGUAGAGCGUGGUGAGAGUGUUAGGAAUUACAUUAUACCAUUAUUUCCCUAUUUAUCACAAGCUCUUAACAGUGGUUGUAAGAAGAUUGUCCAACUUGCUUGUGGUAUUUGGAAAACUGCUAUUAGCACUAGUGUUCGUGCAUCUUACAAGAGCGACUCUCACUCAUCUGAGAUUAUGGCUAGUUUGGUCUAUGCCGUGGCAGAAUCUUCUGCCAUGCUUCGUAUGUGUGAAUUAAUGUUUGAUGAAGGCACCUUGAGCCGUGACAAUAUAAACCAGUGUUUAUACUGUUUAUCUAUUAUUUGCAACGAUUCCAACGAGAUGUUGACAAGGAUUCUUGGCACUAACGUCCUUGACAAUGUCCAGCGCUUGUUACAGCACAGUGGUGAAUCGGUGCUAUUACGUCUAGUCGACUUUGGUCUUGGUAUGUUUGGCAGUUACCACACUAUCGACUCCUUGGUUAGUGACUGUGACCGGUUAUAUCAGCGAUUCGAGUACUUUUCAGAACGACCCGAUGGUUUGUUGCGUAUAAUUGAUGCCUUUACUGUAUCAACUUUGAUGCGUAUUUUCGACGGCACCAUAUCUCAGUACUUCCGGAAACGCAUAUUGCUUUUAGUGGUUCGUUUACUUGAGUUUGGUGGCGGUAUCGAGUCUUGUCGUAAUGUUCUGGUGCCUCGGAUACCACUAUCAAGUAUAGUCGAAGCUGUAUGUUACACUUUGCGCUACAAUGGUCGUGAUCAAUCUACUGAAGUUGCUGUUCACGUCAUCACCUGUUUAUUAGGCUUGGUAGAUCGCGAAUCCAUCGGUGCUAUGUUAACUCGAUAUGGCUUGAGCGAGAUAUUAGUCCCCUUUAAAAGGUCAACCCUCAAGAAAGAGGUUGAGUGCAUAUUGGAAUCACUACCGGAGCCAGGUCCUUUAUUAACUAUCAAUUCAGGUUUUGACUUGGUCGACCACGUGAAGAGCCACACCUCGGGUAUAACAUACCACGAGCUUGUAAAUGGUGGUGUUCUUGGUAUGGAUAUUAGUUCGCUUUUUGCCAAGGACUCGUUACCUCGUUUGGUGCGAUCCAUUAUAUACUGUCGUAGUCCAUCUGGUGACUACACUUCGGAUAUAGACCUCCGUGGUAUAAAAUCUCUAUGGUGUGCUUUCAUGUCGAUUUUGGAAUCUCAGCCUGAGUUUCGUUUUGGUAUGGAAUCCGAAGAAUCCUGUGACAGUGACUCUUCGUAUGACUUUAGUAUAACCCAGCGUGGUUUACCUACUGACGAGCUCAUAUCAUCUGGGCAGGUUACGAAUCUAUCGGAUCGAGGCGUUGACAUCCCACUAUCUAUUGAUUCAGACUGUAUUACAGAUUCUGUUGUAGACGACAUUUUCGAACAGCCUGUAGUGCCGUUACCAACCCAGGAUCCCACCCCCGAAGAGAAUACAGCAGAUCGUAUGGACGCUGAGUCUGUUAACAACGACACCACUAUGAACCCAUUGGAAGAGGCUUCUGGUGACCAUGCCGAAUUAUCAGAUAACACGAGUUCUAAGCAACCGGAAACAUCGGUACUGUCUUUGAAACCUAGGUGGCGUCGUAUUGGCGAGCCUCGACCCAGGAUAACCUUUGACAAGAUAAGCAAGUUACGUCAACGUGGUGCAUUUGGCUUUGGAAAUCGGUUCAUCCAUGAUGACAGUUUACCUUUUCCGUUUAACCACCUGCAGCAUGAAUUGAAGCUCAAAUUGCGUGGCAUGGAUUCCGAUGAAAGUAAUUUACCAUCAUUUACGAUAUAUAUACCUCCACUGGUAUCCGUGGCUAAGGUUGAGGCCUAUGUAUUGGACUAUUUGAGCCAGGGUCCAACAGACAGCUCAACUGAGGGUGGACUAACCCAUAAGCGUCGUGUUCGUGCCAUGGACGGUAGCUUCAAUGACGGUCCCACGAAGGGCGUCCAGCUAUACUACAAAGACGUUCCACUUGCUUCUACAGUAUCACUCUAUCGUGCUCUUCUUAUGUUAGGCACUGAUGACGGCAUCAACAUUUGGCAUGGCUCCCAUCAACUUCAGUAUAGCAUUCUUGGCAAUAUCAAGUGCCCGUUGUUGCACAAUUUGAAAUCCGGUCGUUGCAGUCCUUUGAUGUCCGAGAUAUGUGAUGACAGGAACGGGCCACUUGCUCUAUUCCUUGGUGUUUCUACUUACAUCAAGGGUUUGGAUGCCUCUACUGCCAAUUCGAUGUUAAAUAGUGUAUUCCACCGUAUGGAGGAUAUGGUACCAUUGGAUGAUCAGAAGAUGCGUUCUAUUUUCGAUGACAUCCUUAGCAGUGCAUCGGAUGGUACCGCUUCUGAUCACCAAAGAGACUCUAUGGCCACUAACCCUUGUGUGGAUAACUUAUGCCACACUAUAUCGCAGCGUCUGGCUGACAUUGACGCUUUAAUUGGUUCUACGCACACCGAGGAUGUUUUGGUAACUGCUAAUUUCGACAGUAAUAAGCCAUACGACUUUAAUGAGUGCUCCCUGAAUCAGUUGCGGAUGCUGGUGGUAUUACACAGUUUAUAUACCGAAUUGAAUGGAAUCAGUUCCCUGGAAGUCAUAUUACCUUAUUCCAAGAGGUUGACGCUUAAAUUACUGGAUAUCCUUGGUACUAUAGACAAGUCACUAUGCUACCAAAUACCUACCUGGUUAAUCCACAUGGUCAUGAUAUGCCCAAGUCUAUUUUCUUUUGAAUCCCGUCGCUUACUAUUCGAUAUACUUGGUACUGGUCCACAUCGUUUUAUUACUCAAUUCCAUGGUCGUUUAUGUACCAUUGUUCAAUCUGGUAAUGACUCAUGUAAUGACAGUGACAGUUACUCCACUGACGCUUUGGAUGAAAUCCUACGCCAGAAAUUAUCAAGUCUCAAUCGUGCUAAAUUAGAAUCACUCCAAGAGGUUGAGCCAUAUUUGCGUGUUCCCAAAUUGAAGGCUACAUGCUCUCGUGCUGAUAUAGUUCGUGACGCUAUAUUGAUUGUCGAUCAGUUUGUCCGCACUACUAUGGAGAGUAGUGCCUUACCUCGCAUGGAGAUUGAGUUUGAGAAUGAAGUCGGUGUCGGCACUGGCCCAACUCAGGAGUUUUACUCGAUGGUAAUCGAAUCGAUACUGCGCAAGGAGUGUAUGGGCUCGAAUCUCUUGGAGGAACUCAAUGGCUUCGUUUAUCCAUGUGCUAUAUCUCCCAGUGUUAUUGACCUCGACAAAUUUACAUUCGACAUGUUUAGGCGUGCUUCCAAGGGUACAUCAAGCUAUAACUCAGCGGGACAAAGUGCCAUUAUAACUGCAUCAUGCCAGAAGGACACCUUUACAAUUCGUGUUUUCCGUACAUUCAAGUUACUGGGACAACUAGUGGCCUUGGCUUUAAUCGAUCACAAGCUACUAGAUUUGCGAUUGAAUCCCUUAUUUUGGCAUUUAUGUCAGCAUCCAUCUAUGGUUAAUAACUGUUCCUUAUCCGUGUUAUCAUCUGUUGAUCCUACGUUAGCUCGUUCCUUGGGGAAUCUAUUGGUAGCGGACGAUAUAGAUUCUGCUGGUCUGGUGUUUACGUAUGGUAACAUACCCUUGGUACCGGGCGGUGAAUCCAUGAAGGUAACUUCCUCCAAUCUGCAUGAGUACGUCAGGGCUGUUAUACGUAUGCGGUUAUAUGAUGGUAUCAGGUUACCCAUUUGGGCAUUCCGUAUGGGUUUUGCUACUAUAGUCCCACUAAGCUGUUUAUCACUAUUCACACCACUGGAGCUAUCCAGUCAGAUGUUUAGUGUGGUUGAUCAGGAUUGUUUUUGGACUGUGGAUCAUCUUGAGAUGUAUCUAAUCCCAGAUCAUGGCUAUGACGUAUCGUCGAGUGCCUAUAGGUAUUUGCUAACUGUGUUAUCUAACUUCACUUCUGCUGAGCGUGCAGGAUUCCUUCGUUUUUGUACUGGAGUUUCAGUUUUACCAAAGCAGGGUUUUGCUGGUUUAAGGCCCAUAAUGCGUGUUGUUAAGAAGGGCGACAAUGUUGACGAGCUGCCUAGUGUGAUGACAUGCUCUAAUUAUUUGAAGCUUCCGGACUACAAGUCCUGCGAUCAUCUUCGUGAGAAGCUGCUUCAGGCUAUAUCUGAGGGCCAAGGUUCAUUUCACCUUUCUUAAU